CUUCCUAUUGCUAGUGGCAUGCAGGGUUCAGUUCAGUGAGGACUGCUAUACUGCCUUCUCCUACAGUCCUGCGACGAGCGAGAUCUUCUAGAGCAACCGUCACAGUGAUCAUGAAGAGAUAUCUCCGAGAGCUGUGCAACUGGGCCCCGAAGGAUGAGGUUCUUAACCCAGUUCGGGGCAACUGGACCAGCAAACUGGACUACUUGCUCGCUCUGCUGGGCAUGGCCAUCGGACUGGGCAACGUCUGGCGGUUUCCGUAUCUGUGCUACGUCAACGGAGGAGGAGUGUUCCUGAUCCCGUACACGGUGAUGAUGGUGCUGGUGAACAUCCCGCUGUUCCUCCUGGAGACGUCGGUGGGGCAGUUCAGCUCCUCGUCGUUCGUCAAGCUUCUCGACUUGUGUCCUGCGUUCAGAGGAGUGGCGCUGACCGCUGUGGUGAUAGCAACCAUUGCCACGUCCUACUACUGCGUGCUGAUCGCAUACCCUUUAAUAUUCCUCUGGCAUACCUUCACCUCGGACACUCUGCCCUGGAACACAUGCCGUAACUACUGGAACACCGAGUCUUGCCACACCGCGGAAGAACUUCAGGAACUCUACGCCAGCGGCAACAUAACCAUGCCUGCGUACGACGACUCAUCUGAGGAACAACCCUACGUCGAGUCUAGCGUUGAAUUCUUCCUAAAUGAAGUUUUGCGGAUCUCCACGGACAUCAGAUACCUGGGGGGCGUCGUGCCGGGGCUAGCGCUGGCCAACCUCAUCGUGUGGGUCGUCGUGUUUCUCGCCAUCUUCAAAGGCGUUAAAGUCCUCGGCAAGGUGGUGUGGUUCACCGCAAUCUUCCCUUUCUUUGUUCUGUUUGUGCUGCUCGUACGCGGCCUCACCCUGCCAGGAGCUUCCAAAGGCAUCGAACUCUACCUCUACCCUGACUUCUCCAAGCUUCUAUCAGUCAGGGUGUGGUCGGACGCGGCGGUGCAGGGUUUCUUCUCCCUCGGUGCAGGCUGGGGCACCUUACACUGCCUCGGUUCUUUCAGCAGGUUCCACAACAACACCGUACACGACGCUGUCAUGGUGCCUCUAGUGAACGCCUUCACGUCCUUCGUGUCGGGGCUCGUGGUCUUCUCCGUGCUCGGCUUCAUGGCGCAGAACGUCGGGAAACCCGUGGCCCAUCUCGCUCUGGGGGGUAUCGACUUGGCUUUCAUUACCUACCCUGAAGCCAUCGCAGCGAUGCCGGGAUCUCAUUUCUGGUCCAUAGCUUUCUUCUUCAUGAUCUUCUUACUGGGCAUCGAUUCAUGUUUCGUGCAGGUGGAAACUAUUGUUGUGACGCUGCAAGACGUUUUUCCAAGACUACGAAAACACAAGAUAUUCAACAGCUUCAUCGUGUGCUGUUUCAUCUACAGCAUGAGUCUGCUCAUGUGCACCAGGGCUGGCAUUUACUACCUGACUCUCAUCGACGGCUACAUCAUCACGUUCGGCGUGAUCUGCGUGGCGAUCGGGGAGAUGAUUGUCUUCGCUUACCUCUACGGUCCAGGGCGACUGGCUCGAGACAUUCAAACAAUGACGGGCGAGAAGCUCAGUUAUUUCUGGAUCUUCAACUGGUUAUUUUCAUGCCCCUUGCUACUCAGUGCUCUGUUAUUCUUCAUGAUCUUCUUCGAGCGCGGUGAGCUCGGCUACGGGGACUACCAAUUCCCUGAUGAUUUCCAGCUAGGAUGUCAAAUAGUAACUCUGGUGCCUAUCCUGCUCAUCCCUGGUCACUGGGUCUACUGCCUCGCCACUGCCGAGGGAUCCUUUAUUCAGAAACUGAAGACUUGCCACCAGCCUCUGCCCUCCUGGGGGCCGAGUGACGCUGGUCACAGGCAGCUGUGGGAGGAAUACAGCAGUAAAAUACCGCACGCGUGGAGACACAGAUACUGCGCGCCUACGUCAGUACUCUUGCAAUAA